AUUGGUGGCCAGGCAGGUGGGAAGAUGUUUCACAAGGUCAGAGAUAAGACACCAGAGCUAGAUGACCUGCAGCGAUUGCUCUGGACUCAAACGAGGCCUGGGAACCACAUGGAUCAAGUCUGGCCUAAGAUCUAUGUGGGAGAUUUUGUGGCUGCCAGGAAUAUCAAAAUGCUGCAGAGUCAAGGAAUCACUCAUAUCCUUAAUGCUGCCCAUGUAGGCUUAGAUGUAUCUACAAGACCCACUUAUUAUUAUUGCUUACCUGUGACCUACCAUGGGAUCCAGGCUUUUGAUCACCCUGCCUUCGACCUCAGUGUCUUUUUCCUUGAGGCAGCAAACUUCAUCCAAGGAGCUCUGGAGACCCCAGAAGGGAAGGUGCUUGUCCACUGCGCCAUGGGGCUCAGCCGCUCUGCUACCCUGGUGCUUGCCUUCCUCAUGCUCCGGAAGCAGCUGACCCUGGUGGAAGCCCUGAGGACAGUAAGUGUCCAUCGAAACAUCUGCCCCAAUCGGGGGUUCCUCUCCCAGCUGCGCGACCUGGAUCUCCAACUUAGCCAGGAACGGCAUAAAGGGAACAGGGAGAGGCUGAUGCCGCCCACCACUCUGCACGGAAAAUAA